UGGUCAGCAAUUGAUAAGAAUGUUUCAUGCUAAAGACACCAGGCUGGCAACAAUCAGUUGCAGCUAACAACGCUCUCAGUGCACUUGCAGUGACAUUGAUAAGCAGCGAAAAGCGUACAAAGUUAAAAGCAGCAGAAUUCAGUUACGUGCAAACCGCCCAGCCAAACAGACGUCCAACAAAUCAAAAAACGUUAUCAGUUAUCAAAGCACACUUGCAGCGAACAGUUCUCUUUUUAAUACAAUGGCUCCACCCACUGUUCUUGUUACCGGCGGCGCUGGGUAUAUUGGCUCGCAUACCGUGUUGGAGAUGCUCAACGCUGGCUACAAUGUAAUCUGUGUGGAUAAUUUGUGCAAUGCGUACAGCGGCGGUGCAUCCAAGCUGCCGGAGGCAUUGAACCGUGUCCAGGAAAUCACCGGUAAAAAGGUCAAUUUCUAUCGCGUGGACAUCACGGAUCGGGAGCAAGUGCGUUCGGUGUUCCAGGAGCACAAAAUCGAUAUGGUUGCGCACUUUGCGGCGCUGAAAGCUGUUGGCGAAUCCUGCCGCAUACCAUUGCAGUACUAUCACAACAACAUGACCGGCACCAAUGUGCUGCUGGAGGCCAUGGCCGACAACAAUGUCUUCAAAUUUGUGUACAGCUCCAGCGCCACCGUUUAUGGUGAACCAAAAUUCUUGCCCGUCACCGAAGAGCAUCCGACGGGCAAUUGUACAUCACCCUAUGGCAAAACCAAAUAUUUUACAGAGGAAAUCCUCAAGGAUCUGUGCAAGUCCGAUAAGCGUUGGGCAGUUGUCUCGCUGCGCUACUUUAAUCCGGUGGGCGCACACAUCAGCGGACGCAUUGGGGAGGAUCCGAAUGGCGAGCCGAAUAAUCUGAUGCCCUACAUUGCCCAGGUGGCGGUGGGUCGUCGUGCCAAAUUGAGCGUAUUUGGCAGCGAUUUCGCAACGAAAGAUGGCACCGGUGUGCGUGACUACAUCCACAUCGUUGACCUGGCCGAGGGACAUGUGAAGGCCUUGGACAAGUUGCGCAACAUUGCCGAAUCUGGUUUCUUCGCGUACAAUUUGGGUACUGGGGUUGGCUGCUCGGUGCUGGAACUGGUGCAUGCUUUCGAACGUGCCUCCGGCAAGAAGGUCACCUAUGAACUGGUUGACAGACGUUCCGGCGAUGUGUCCACUUGCUAUGCAGACGCACAACUGGCUGAGACGAAACUGGGCUGGAAGGCAACGCGCGGCAUUGAUAAAAUGUGCGAGGACACGUGGCGUUGGCAGAGUCAAAAUCCCAAUGGUUAUGCCAAUAAGUAGUUUCAUGGCUAGCAUGCCUCAUUUCAUUGUCUGUUCUUGCCCCCCAAAUGCGUGGCAAGCUGUUCCCCUCCCCCACUUUAAUCUGUACACGUGCCACUUUCUGUUCGCCUCGCUCCUUGCAAAAACUUGAGUUAUUUGUAAUUAUUUUAAUUAGCAAAUUGAUUGCGUAUAAAACUAGUUGUGUAUAUGUUUUUUGUCCAAUUUUUAAGUGCAAAAUGUUACAAAAUUUAAUUAUGUAUGUUUGUGUUUGUGUCUGUAUGUGCGUGUGCGUGUGUGUGUAAGCCCAAAGUAAUUGGUAAUAAAAUAAAAACAUGGCAAUAAGCUGAACCUA